CUUCUGGCGGGGCGGGCGGGGCAAGCGCCGUCCUACCCUCCAGCUCCCGGGAUUCCAACCCGGAACUAGCCCUGGCUCCCUUGGGAAGGCCGCAGCUCCUGGACGCAAGUAGGAAAUUUCUGGGCAGUAACUGCGAGGCACCAGAACCAGGUCGCAGACAGGGACGCCUUCGUCUGUAGGGGCCCCAGAGUAGGUGCUCCCCGGGCUGGAGGUGGUGCGGCUCGUGGAAAGCGCAGGCACUCACGGCCGUCUGGAGCAUGGCGCCCCCGCGGAACGUGGUGAAGAUUGCCGUCCAGAUGCGUGACGCCAUACCGCAGCUCAUCCAGCUGGACCAGGCAAAGCCCCUGGCCGCUGUGUUGAAGGAAGUGUGCGACGCGUGGAGCCUGACUCACUCGCAGCGCUAUGCCCUGCAGUUUGCUGACGGGCGCAGGAGAUACAUUACCGAGAAUAACCGCGGGGAGAUCAAGAAUGGCAGCAUCCUGUGCCUCAGCACCGCCCCAGACCUUGAAGCUGAGAGGCUGUUGGGUGGCCUGCAGAGUGCAAGUCGCGAAGGCCGCCGGGAAGCCCUGAGGCACCUCGUCCUGUUGGCCUCAGACAUGACUUUUGCCCAGGAGGUCAUCAGCCGUGAUGGGCUUCAGAGACUAGGCACAAUCAUUGAGGAUGGGGACGAUCUAGGGGAGGUGCUGGCCCUUGGGCUGAGGUCCUUCCUGGAGCUCAUGGAGCACGGCGUGGUAUCCUGGGAGACCCUCAGCAUUCCCUUUGUCAGGAAGGUGGUGGGCUAUGUGAACAUGAACCUGAUGGAUGCCUCUGUGCAGCCCCUGGCCCUCCGGCUGCUCGAGAGUGUGACUUUGAGCAGCCCUGCCCUAGGCCAGCUGGUCAAGAGUGAAGUGCCACUGGACAGACUGCUGGUGCAUCUGCAGGUGAUGAACCAGCAGCUGCAAACCAAGGUGAUGGCAUUGUUGACAGCCUUGUUGCAGGGGGCCAGCCAUGCUGAACGUAAGCACAUGCUAGACUACCUAUGGCAAAGGAACUUUCGUCAAUUCAUCUACAAGAACAUCAUUCAUAGUGCAGCGCCACUGGGUGAUGAGAUGGCCCAUCAUCUGUAUGUGCUGCAGGCCCUCACACUGGGGCUUUUAGAGCCACGCAUGCGGACACCAGUUGACCCCUACAGCCAGGAACAGCGAGACCAGCUCCAGGCCCUGCGCCAGGCUGCCUUUGAGCCAGAGGGCGAGUCCUUGGGCACUGGGCUAAGUGCUGACCGUCGCCGUUCCCUCUGUGCCCGAGAGUUCCGCAAACUGGGCUUCUCUAACAGCAACCCAGCACAGGACCUGGAGCGUGUGCCCCCCGGCUUGCUGGCCCUCGACAACAUGCUCUACUUCUCCAGACAAGCGCCCAGUGCAUACAGCCGGUUUGUGUUGGAGAACAGCAGCCGGGAAGACAAACAUGAGUGCCCCUUUGCCCGGAGCAGCAUCCAGCUGACUUUGCUCCUGUGCGAGCUGCUCCACAUUGGGGAGCCUUGCUCUGAGACAGCCCAGGACUUCUCACCCAUGUUCUUCGGCCAAGACCAGAGCUUCCAUGAGCUCUUCUGCGUGGCCAUCCAGCUGCUGAAUAAGACCUGGAAGGAGAUGCGGGCCACACAGGAGGAUUUUGACAAGGUCAUGCAGGUGGUACGGGAGCAACUGACCCGAACACUGGCCCUGAAGCCCACCUCCCUGGAGCUCUUCCGGACCAAGGUGAACGCACUCACCUAUGGGGAGGUGCUGCGGCUGCGGCAGACGGAGCGGCUGCACCAGGAGGGCACACUGGCUCCUCCCAUACUGGAGCUUCGGGAGAAACUGAAGCCAGAGCUCCUGAGCCUAAUUCGCCAACAGCGUUUGCUCCGCCUCUGUGAAGGGACGCUUUUCCACAAGAUCAGCAGCAGGAGACGCCAGGAUAAGCUGUGGUUCUGCUGCCUGUCCCCCAACUACAAGGUGCUUCAGUAUGGUGAUGUAGAGGAAGGCACUGGCACACCCACCCCAGAGAGCCUGCCUGAGCAACUCCCUGUGGCUGACAUCAGGGCACUCCUGACAGGCAAGGACUGCCCCCAUGUCCGGGAGAAGGGCUCUGGGAAGCAGAACAAGAUGGCCUGAACGGAACCCAAGAGAGCUCUGGCAUCCCUAAAUCCCCACAUGAAGCACAGUGCCUGACUACAGGUACCCAGAGAGUACCGGCUAGCUGCUCCUAGAGCUGAUGGGCAGAUAGAUGGGACAGUGUGUGGAAAUACAUGGAAAGCUAGCUGGACAGACUUUCUCAGAGCUGCUCUUGAGAAGUCACUGGCACUUUAGCAGGUUGGGCUAGAUGACCUCUAAAUGACCCCUCUACCCAGAUGCUGUCCUAUUGCUUCCCCCAUGCCCUCUGUCCCUUUCAAGACAUCCUCACUGAAUCAGGUAUUAAUCAGUUCUUCCUGGGGUCUGGCUUGAGACAGCGUCUUUGCAUGUCAGGGUGUUGUGCAGGGAAAGGCCUCAGCCUCCUACUGUGUGGGGAAGACGCUAGGACCUGGUUGAGUUAGGCCAGUGUGGACCAGCCCUGAG